AUGUCUGAGCAAACUCAGACAGUUGAAGCUGAAGAAAGGGCCCGGGACAAGUGGAAGCAGUCAACGCCACAUGAGAAGGGGGUCUGCGAGUCGCACAGCGGAGGGCUCUGCCCUUGCCUUCUGGAUCGGGCAGUAGUCCUAAAACCUGGCCUGCAGCUGGAGACACCGCUGCCAUCACCUUACUUUACUUACCAUCAUGCAUGUACACCGAACCUGCAGGCAUGGAUUUCAGGGUGCAAAUAUGCAGUUAGCCCACAUUGUGACUGCCAUUUGACACUGGAGGGGGACGGCUAA